AAAAGUCUCCACACAGAGAGAGACGGUCAGUGUGAACAGAGAUCAACUACAGAACCAACAGAACCUAAACCAGUGGAACCAUCAGAUCUGAGCUCCUCCUCCUUCAGUCUGCUGAUCCGUCGGCAUGUUCUGUCUCAGGAUGACCUCAUGUCUGUUGUCCCUCCUCUUCUUCUUCCCUUUGGUGUCCUCCAUCAUGGCUGCCGCCCAACCUGCUGGCUGCAAAAUCCGCAUCACUGACAAAGGACUGGAGAUGUUGAAAUUUGAGACUCAGAAGUUUGUUCAAGAGGAGCUCGGUAACAUCAGUAUGCCAGAGAUGAAUGGCAACGAAGGACGCUUCCAAUACAACAUCACUGAUGUGAAGAUAAAAGAGUUGAAUCUUACUCAUGCUGACCUCCAAUUCAUCCCUGAAGUUGGUUUGUUGUUCGAUGUUCAGAACUCAUCGAUAUCACUGAGUUUCCACCGACGGAUCCUCUACUGGUUCUUUUAUGACACAGGAAACAUCAACGCGUCGGCUGAAGGCGUGAACAUCAACACGGUUCUGAAUCUAAUCAGAGAUGAUGAAGGACGACUGAAGAUCAAUAACAUCACCUGUGAUGCCAAAAUUGACAAAAUGAAGGCAAAGUUCAGCGGAACACUUGGGAGAGUUUACGACUUCCUAUCCAGUUUUCUGACAACAGGCAUGCGCUUCCUCCUCAACCAAAAGAUCUGUCCCGCUCUGGAUCACGCUGCUCUGGUUCAUGUGAACUUGAUGUUGGAGACAAUCCCAGUGAGGACGGAGGUCGAUCAGUAUAUUGGGAUCGAUUAUUCUCUGAUUGAUGAUCCGGUGGUGACGUCCAGGAGCCUCGACAUGCACUUCAGGGGUAUGUUCUUCGACCUGUCUGAUCAGAAUGACACGUUAGUGAACUACGCCGUCGACCCGGUCAUCAGAGAGUACGACCGGAUGAUUUACCUCGCUCUGUCCGAGUUCUUCUUCGACAGUGGGAUGUUUGCUUACUACAGAGCAGGAGUCUUCCAGAUGCAUAUCGUCAACGAGAAGAUGCCCAAAGACCUGGAGAUGUUGUUGAGAACCACCUACUUUGGAACCAUCAUGAUGCUGAACCCGGCUCUGGUGGAUGCUCCGCUCUCUCUGCAGAUCGCCGUGGUCUCACCUCCAAAAACCUCCAUCAAGACAUCCGGGGCAACAGUCGUCAUGACAGCCAUCAUUAAGGUGAUGCUGCUGCCUCCAAGUCAGCCUCCGGUCCAGCUCAGCAGCAUGACCAUGGAAACAAAGUUUAACGCCAAAGUUUCUAUGACGGGAAAACGUCUGGCUAUUCAUGCUGACCUCCGCAGGUUUAAAAUCUUCUCCAAUCAAUCCGCACUGGAAUCUCUGGCACUGAUUCCUCUGCAGGUUCCUCUGAAGACCAUGUUGCAGAUGUCUGUGGUUCCUUUAAUCAACAACUGGACAAAGAGAGGAGUUCGGAUUCCUCUGGCUGAUGGGAUGGAUUUCAUUGAGGAGGUUGUUGAAUAUCACAAUGGUUUCAUCGUGAUCGGAGCCAAUCUUCAGUUCAGCAAAGGACUGAGAGAAAUGAUCGCAGGGAACACCGAGACAGAGCCAGAGACCACCACCGUCUAAAUAUAUAGGAAUAAACAGUAUAUACAUAUACACACACAAUGUAAAUAUAUAUUACACUAUGCGAACAUCUAUAAAAAUAUGUUAAUAUAUACAAUCACAUCAGCAAAUGACAGAGAAAUGACGACAGGGAAGAUCGAGGGAGCCAGACAUCACCUCCUAUUAUAUAUAUAUAUAUAUAUAUAUACAUAUAUAUAUACAUAUAUGUAUAAAAACACACAUACACACUGGUAUGUAGAAUAUACUGUAUAUAUUGUGGCAUACAACAACUGUCAAUAUGUGAAAGACUGUAGUACAUCUACUGCAUAAAUAUUAGUUAUUAGUUAUAUUUGCAUUAGUUUUAAAUACACUGAGGAGGUAUAACACUGAAUCACAACAUCAUGUAGUAUAACACCUCUGUGUUCCCCUCCAGGGGGCGUGGCCUCACCAAGUGGGUCAUUCCGUAAACUGAGACGGUGCGUUCAGGUGCACUGACAUAAAUCCAAUAUCUGCCCAUUUAAUCCCAGUGUUAAACUGGGACCAGUGUGAUGAAUACUGAAUGAACAGGUUGUAAUGUCAGACCUGAACUCAUGAUGGACAGCUGUCAGUUAGUGCUGCAGGGUUCAGUCUUACCACACAGCAAUUCACUGUGGGACAACAUUAAAUCACAUGGACCUUUGUUGCUUUGUGGAUCCUGGAAAUCUCUCUGUUAACAUUCAGAGUGUUGUAUAAAAACUCAUUGUGUGAAUCUCUGAGCUGAAUUUCAAAACACUUCUUUACAUCCAUUUUUAUUUAGUGUGUUUCUUUCACCUUUAACCAACAUCAGUGUACUGCUGUGAAAUAUGUCACCUGUGUGGUUACGCACAUACGUGUUGUCCUCUUAUCAGACAAACAAAACCAACCUGUUGUCAUUCCCGGGCGCCGCAUACGGACGCUUUGUCAGACCCCUUGGUAUCAUUUUUUGCCGCCCCAAGUACCUUUAGUGUUGUUUUUUCACAUGACGCACGAAACGUCCAGUUAGACUUUCAAAAUAAAGCUAAUGGUUAAUGUUGCAGUUUGAUUAAGUUUAGGCAGCAGAACUACUUAGGUUUAGGAAAAGAUCAUGGUUUGGGUCAAAAUAAGUACUUUACUUACGUCACUUAAAUUAGCAUCACUAAACAAGAGACAACUGGGAAAUGUGGUUAAUGUUGGGGAAAGAUGGCGUCAGAUGACCGUAAAUUAAGAGUUGCUUACCAUAUUUAUCAUGCUGUGUGUGUGCUGGCUCUAACCAGAAUCACAACAGGAAAUAUGAAGUAUUAUAAAUAAUCCUGAACAUGUAUAACACAUCGAUUUAGUGUUGUGGUGAAAUUACAGUAAACCAGUGUGAACCAGACUGUUAGUGAGUCAAACAUGUUAAAGUCAUUGCACAAAGCCGAAUUUUCAAAUGUUCAUUUCCCUGUAAGCUGGACUGUAACCAUGGAAACAUGACAUCCAGACAUAAACAAGCAGAUAAAGGUGAGCGUGUAGGUGGAGUCAGGCCUGCAGGUGGCGCCCCCUUCAACCUGUCCACACCAACAGGAGCUCCCCUGUCUGAUUACAACACCUGAACGUGUUCACUGCAGGAUCACGUGGGAUCCCUCCUGGGCUAGUCUGGGUUACUACAUAAAUAAAAACCUAAACUGUUGCAACAAACUGAUGAAAAUGAUUCAGAAAUAAAUAGACCAUGAUGCUGAUUUGUUAAAAGUCUGACUUCAUGUUUGGUCAGGUCUGUACGACAAAGACGACAAGAAAACAACAUUUUGAUUGUUUUCUGAAUGGAGUUUGGCUCAAUCAGGGCUAUGCUAACUUGUUCACACUAAAGUACAUCGACAGCUGGAAUCAAGUAACAGAUAUUUACAGAAUUUACCAGGUAGUUCAGCUUCUUUACUUCCCUUCCUCCUGUGUCAUGAGGCCCAGCUGUAUUCUCAGGUCAUACACAGAGCGGGAGUCAUUACAUAGGUGGUUUUUAUUUUAUUAGUUCAUUAAAUACAAACUCAGACAGA